AUGCAGCUUCCAGUCAAUCCAAGCCUCCUGGUAUCCCUGCGAACCCGGCAAUUCGGAACUAUUUCGCAACGACCGAUCUGUCAGAGGGGGGUUCCCCUUCCGCGCGGACAGACGGAGGACUGGCGCAAAAAGUCCGAGCUUCCUACUACGCAGGAAAUUCUGGGAUCGAAUGACGGUUCGAGUGAUAUUAUGUUGCUUCCAAAUCACAUAUCAGGUCCCUGGCCUUCAACCGAGCUUUAUCUCAACGCUCACUACAACUUGAUCCGCGAAGAUGCUGUCGCAAACCUCCGAGAUGCAGUGCUUUAUGUUCGCGCCUAUCCGCUCAUGAAGGACAACGGCAACAUUGUAAUCUAUGAGAAGGUUUUCAUUGUGCAAGUGACACUGACAACCUCGGGAAUUGCUUUUCGCGUUCAAUUCUCCACACGUCGUGCCGGCAAGAGAAUACAUUGGGAGUACUCCAGUCGCCUUAUUGCCGGGAAUAUCAUAGCCUUAUCUCCAGUCGAGGACUCCUUCUCAACUAAGUGCAUCGUGGGUGUUGUUGCGGCGAGGCCCCUUGAGAACCUUGCCAAAACCCCACCUGAAGUAGACAUUUAUUUUGCCCAUCCAGAGGAUAUCAAGUUCGACCCCCAGCAAGAAUGGAUCAUGGUACAGGCACGAUCAGGAUACUAUGAGGCUCACCGGCACACCAUGAAAGCCUUGCAGAAGCUAUCACAAGAAAAAUUCCCACUCAAGCAACAUAUAUGUGCCUUGGAAACCGACAUUGGCGCACCUCAAUAUGUGUUGGACAAGCCAGUGAUGAACUUCCAGGCUCUGUCGCCGCCUACCGCCGAUGGUAAUACGAGUUUCAACGUCCUCAAGGGUUUUCCUGCUACUCCAAUGGCAGGACUCAACCCUCAUCAGUGGAAAGCCCUGGAGAACAUGCUGUCAAGAAAUAUUUCUAUCAUACAGGGUCCCCCGGGAACUGGCAAGACGUUUGUGUCAGUCACCUUCUUGAAGCUCCUAUUAUCCCAGAUGACCCCAAACGAUCCUCCUAUCAUCAUUGCGACACAUACAAACCAUGCGCUGGACCAGCUUCUCAAUAUCAUCGCUCAAUUUGAGGAAAACUACAUUCGACUGGGUUCGAGAAGCGCGGAUCCCGAUAUUCGAAAGCGAAUGCUCUACGAGAUAAAGAAGUUUCUGCCAGUGCCUACGGUAAUCGGUGGCCUGUUCGGCCCAGCAAGAAUUGAUCUUCAAAGAAUUUCCGCUCAAGUAGCGGAGCUUCUCACGCCGUUCGACCAGGAGGGUCUCCAAGGUCCAAUCAAGGCAUCCACGUUCGCCGACUAUGGCCUGCUAACACAGACUCAAUGCGAUUCACUCAAGAAACUUGAUCAGUCGAACUCAUCUGCGCUCGCAGGAAAUGACACGAAUCAUAUUGCAGAGUGGCUCGAUGAUCAGGUGAAAGAGCUAAACCUCAAUCACUGGGUUGAAGAGAUGACGUUCACCGAAGAUGACAUCGACAUAGAGUACGAGCAGCUCAAAGAGCUCGAGGCAGAGCAGGGACCAAACGAGGAAGAAUUCGAGUCUCUCUAUGGUAGAUCACUUCAAUUCAGGACAACACACCAGGGAGUUCAAGAGUCAUCCUACUCAAAGGCUGAGAUUCGUCAAUAUCUCUCGAUGGGUGAUUUGACGAAGAUUCCCGUCACAGCACGGGGGCCCGUGUACAAUUUGUUGCGGAGGAAGCUCCUGGAUUUAGUGAACACUAAAUUGCGCACUAUUGCCAAGUCAUACGACUUCUACAGUGGCAGACUCAAGAUCGGUAGGUGGGAGCGAGAUUUUGAGACCCUGCGGAAAGCCAAGCUAGUAGCCAUGACAACGACUGGGUUGAGCAAGUAUCGUGGGCUUGUCUCGAGCCUGAGUCCUCAAACCCUGGUGAUCGAAGAAGCAGCCGAAGUCCUUGAAGCUCCAACUGCCGUUGCGUGCCUUGAAUCGAUCCAACAGUUGGUUCUUGUGGGUGACCAUAUGCAGCUAAAAGCGAAGUGUACGUUGAUGGAUCUUGCCGGGGAGCCCUUCUUCCUAGAAACCUCCAUGUUCGAACGCUUGGUCCGGAACGACAUACCUUAUGUACAGCUCCGGGAACAACGAAGAAUGGCCUCUGAGAUUAGAGAACUUCUGAUGCCUAUAUAUGGCAGUCUGUAUGACCAUCCCUCCGUGCUCAAAAGUGCGCUCGUCCCGGGAAUGGGCUCUCUUCGGUCAUUCUUUUUCACGCAUGAUUGGCCUGAAAGCGGAGACAGUCUGACUUCUAAGCUCAACGAACUGGAAGCCAUCAUGAUUGUGAAGUUCUAUGCCUAUCUGGUGCUUAAUGGAAUUCCAUUUUGGGAGAUAACUGUUUUGACAUUCUACAACGGCCAAAGGAAGUUGAUUCUCAAGCAUAUGAGGACAAACAAAUAUCUUGCCAAUCAUAUACACAAAGUUGUCACGGUCGACUCCUAUCAAGGAGAGGAAAACGAAAUUAUUCUACUCUCGCUCGUCCGGAGCAACAAGAGUAACGGAAUUGGGUUUCUUGCCGCUGACAACAGAGUGUGUGUUUCACUCUCUCGGGCAAAAAGAGGUCUUUACAUGUUCGGGAGCUCCGGAACCCUGGAGCAAUUCAGUCCUCUUUGGGAGAAUAUCAUUUCGAUUCUUAGAUCUCCAGGUGGCGAUCACGAUCCGCGAAUUGGCAAAAUCCUUCCCUUGACCUGCAAGAAGCAUAAGAAUGAAACUUUGAUUCGCGGUCAGUACUAUCAAUAA